AUGACUUCUCAUCUUAAACCAUACUUUGAUAAAUAUCCACAACAUGCUCCUGUGUUAAAUCAAGUAUAUCUUGAUUUAGUGUAUGUCAAGGAAUGGGUUGAAGUAAUAAUAAAAGACAUUGAAAGCCUCCGGAAAUGUAUCAUACUUGCUCGAUCUAAACCUGAACAAACUCAAUUUCAAGUAGUUGUUCCAUGUUCACUAUUAGAGAAAUGGUCUAUUAGAAGUUUAUUGCAAGUAAUGGAUGUUAUUCCAUCACAUUUGUCUGCUCAACGAAUCACACUUGCCAUAACAUCAACUGACUCAACAAUAGUAUACUACAAAAUAGCCCAUGGACUUGCUGCUCCAAAUCUUGCAGAUCAUGGUCAGAAAAAUCUAACAUCACCACCCACAGUAAUAGAAGACAAAACUGAUACAAAAAGUUGA